UUUUAUCAACUGCAUUAUUGCAUUCCACUUUAAUUUCCAUCACCUUUUUUCUCCUUAAUUCAACCUUAACUUGACAAAGAUUUUAAGAAAAGAUUUUAUUAGAUCGCUCCUCACUUUUGAGUCUUUCCCAAACAUCAGUUUCCUACAUCAAUCAUCAUCAGUUCAGUUUCUAAACACAAAUCAAUCCGUUCCUUACUUACAUACACACCCCCUCCAAUGGCAGAUAGUGUGAUUUCCUUUGUCCUGGACAACUUCUCCCAAUUGCUAGCACGUGAAGCCAAUCUGCUAUGUGGCGUGGAUGACAGGGUUAGAUCCCUUCAAAGUGACCUCAGCAUCAUAAACGUGUUCCUCAAAACAUCUGAAGGGAAAACCAAGAAAGAAAUUGACAAAGAAGUUUUUCGUCAGAUUAGAGAUGUUGCGCACCAAGCUGAGGAUGUCAUCGACACCUUUGUGGUAAACGUGGCUAUGCACAGACGUCGAACCAUGCUGGGGAAGAUGCUCCGUGGUUUUGAACAUGGAAAGUUGCUCCGUGAUGUGGCUGUGAAAAUAGACAGCAUAAAAGCCACUGUCAAUGACAUAAGAGACAACAAGAUCAAGCUCGGCGAUGUCUUUCAACAAGAAGGUGAAUCAUCAUCAGCAAGAGAGGAGGAGGAGAGGGUGCUGUUGCUGCACAAGAGAAGAAGAAAUGUGGAGGAGCAUGAUGUGGUUGGUUUUGUUCGUGAAUCCAAGGCAGUCAUUCAGCUGCUUAAGGAAGAGAGUUCCCAAAGCAACGUUGUGUCCAUCAUCGGUAUGGGUGGCUUGGGCAAAACCACCCUUGCUCGAAAGGUCUAUAACAGCGAUCAGGUAAAGUCAUAUUUCAAAUGUCGUGCAUGGGUUUAUGUUUCAAAUGACUGCAAUGUCAAGAAGCUUUUGCUUGGCCUCAUCAUGUGUUUGAUGCCUAACGCUGAGAACGAGCAUAGGAGGAAAAUGAAGGGAAAGAAACAAAAGGGAAGAAAGAAACCAGGUGACCUCUCUAACUUGAAUGUUGACGAACUAAAGCUCAUGAUGCGGAAUUUCUUGACUAUGACAAGGUAUCUGGUAGUCCUUGAUGACCUCUGGAAUACUCAAGACUGGGAUGAGGUAAAAGAUGCUUUUCCAAACGACAACAAUGGUAGCAAAAUACUAAUUACUAGCCGUUUGAAAGAGGUGGCAUCCCAUACGAGUCCAUGUCCUCCUUAUUACCUUCAAUUCCUUGGUGAUGAUGAAAGCUGGGAACUCUUUUCUAGGAAAGUGUUUCGAGGAGAUGAGUGUCCUUCUGAUAUAGAGCAUCUUGGAAAACUGAUGGUCAAAAGUUGUGGCGGUUUGCCACUCUCCAUUGUUGUUUUGGCAGGGUUACUUGCAAACAAGGGGAAGUCAUACAAGGAAUGGUCCAAAGUUGUGGGACAUGUCAACUGGUAUCUUACUCAAGAUGAGACCCAAGUCAAGGACAUUGUACUCAAACUCAGCUACCACAACUUGCCUUCAAGACUAAAGCCCUGCUUUCUGUAUUUCGGGAUCUACCCUGAAGAUUUUGAGAUCUCUGUAAGGCCAUUGCUACAAAAAUGGGUUGCUGAGGGAUUUAUUCAACAAACUGGGACCAGAGAUGCAGAGGAUGUUGCUGAAGAUUACUUGUAUGAGCUCAUUGAUCGUAGCUUGGUUCAAGCAUCACAAGUGAAUGUUAAUGGAGAUGUGAAAGCAUGUCGCAUCCAUGAUCUUCUUCGUGAUCUUUGCAUAACUGAGAGCAAAGAGAACAAGCUUUUUGAGGUUUGCACAAAUAGUAACAUUUUGGAGACAUCAAAACCACGCAGGCUUUCAAUCCAAUGCGGCAUGCAUGGCUACGUUUCUUCAAGCAACAAUGACCAUUCAUGUGUCCGCUCUUUGUUUUGCCUUGACCCAAAAGGGUAUGAUGUUACCCCCAAGGAAUUGAAAUGGGUUUUCAAAUUCUUCAAACUGGUUCGGGUAUUAGAUCUUGGGGAAAACUAUUGCAGCAAAGUCCCUUCCAACUUGGGCUUAUUUAUCCAUUUAAGGUAUUUAAGAAUAAGAAGUGGUGAAGUCAUUCUAGAUUCUAUAUGCACACUAGGAAAUUUACAAACUUUGGACAUAUACGGGCCGGCGCUGCCUCCAAUAUAUCUCCCUAGGAGAGUAUGGAACCUCAAACAACUUAGGCAUUUAAAGAGUAAUGGAACCAUCAUCCUACGAGGCCACCAUGGUUCAAAAGCAGGUGAUCAAGUCAUGUGGAAUCUUCAAACCAUUCAUUCCAUUAAAUUCAAUAGUGAGAUUGCACGCAUGAUAGAGAAAGGAAGGUUUCCGAAGCUACGAAAGUUGGGUUUGCACAUCUGGGUCGAGAAAAAUAAUGUGCAUGAGUUGUUAUCAACCCUACGGCGAUUAACUCAUCUGAACAAGUUGACACUUGUCUUUAGAAAGAAGAAUUAUGGACGGCGACCAGGGCCUACAAAGUACGAGCACAUGGAAUGGCACAUCGGGCUCAAAGCAAUUGAAUUGUUACAAAGCCUGCAGCACUUGUCCAAUCUGAGCACUUUAAAAGUUGAUGGAGCUUUGGACCUUGCAACGUGUGAUAUUGCGUUUCCUGCAUGCAUUACAAAAUUAACCUUGAGACACAUUAGCUUCAUGAAUGCUGGUGGGGUGAAUGCCAUUGGUAAUCUUACUACACUCCGAUGUUUGAAAUUGCAUGGAACACAUGACUUUGAUGAUCCCUUUGAGAUUAAUUGCAGUGCAGGCAGUUUCUCACAGCUGCAGGUUUUUGAGAUGGAGUGCCUGAAUGUUCACAAAUGGAAAUUAGGCAAUGGUGCAAUGCCAUGCCUUCAAACUCUGCUUAUCAGAGACUGUGAAAGAUUGGACGAUCUCCCAGAUGAACUGUGCUCUUUGACUUCCCUGAGACAAGUAAAAGUUGUGACACCCUCCCAAGCAUUGUCUGAUGCGCUAGCAAAUUUGGAAAUGAAGGAUGGAUGUGAGCUCAUAAUAUCAGAGAAUCCAGAAGUAGUAUAAAUGUUGAGUUUCAAUCAAAUUUAGCCUUAACACUUAUCAUUAUAAUUGGUAUUUAAAUGUUAUUGUACCAUUAAAA